AUGUUAGAAGUUAGCCUAUUGCCCCGUGGUUCCUUCGAAAUUCUUGGAUUCUUCGUAUGUUUUCGAGUCCUGCAUUACUUUGUGUGUCGUUUUGGACCACUUCCUACUUCGAUCGCCUCGGCUCCCCCGAAAAAGAUAUGGAUUUACAGGAAUAUCGUCAUUUCUUUUAUCCAUGCUUGCAUUGCAGCUUUCUUGUCAUUGUACAGGUAGGAUAUUGCGAAUAACUGGUCUUCCUACUUCGAUCGCCUCGGCUCCCCCGAAAAAGAUAUGGAUUUACAGGAAUAUCGUCAUUUCUUUUAUCCAUGCUUGCAUUGCAGCUUUCUUGUCAUUGUACAGGUAGGAUAUUGCGAAUAACUGGAAUAUAUAGAAUAGGAUAGAACUCACUCUGUUGCCCUAGGCCUGUUGUGCGUUAAAUUGACCGUUAAUAUAUGUAUCUAUGGUCACACGAUCACGCUCGCACAUGGAUAAUCGACAUGCACAAUCAAAUUUCCUCAGAAUCCUAGUAGCACCUAUUUUUCCACAUUCUCUUUAUUUUAAUAUAUCAGUAAAUGUUCAACGUCACCUUUAUUACGUGUAAUGAGAAAAUAGUAAUAUAAUAGGCUGAAACAGUACUGUCCUGCAGUUAAAUUUAAUGUAAGUGUUAAUGAUAAUAAUGGUCAUUGUUAUAACAAUGGUAAUAAUAAAAAUAUCACUGCUGUUGCUGUAACAUUGGAAGUUACUGUUCAAUUUCUUUACCAAACACAGCAUGGAUGCUUUCAAAUCAGCACCUAGUUGUUUUCCUUUGUACCACUCACUGAGUUUUUUUCUCCUUGUGUGUUAUUUAUUUAUUUAUUUAUUUAUUUUUAUUUAAGUUAAAUUAGUAUUUUUUUAUUUUAUCAAUUUUUUAUAUAUGUAUUUUUCUAACAUUCACAGUGAUUCAAAACCUUCGUGAAUGAACUAAGUAUAUGGUUGUAAAUAAAUUGUAAGCUAAAAGUACUUGUUUCAUGGAACCAGCUUGUAGAGUUUGGAAAAUGGGAAAACAGUAGUAAAAAGAAAAAGAAAUGAGAAAUAAGUCAAAUAAUAACAUUAUUUUGCUGGGACUUGCACCCAAUUUAAUGACCAGCUUGCAGUUGGUUUGGUUAGUGUGGCGCUGCACCGAUAUCGCAGAUAGGACUCAGUGUUUGAAUCCUGGCAAUUAAUCCUGAAUUUUUCACACUUUCUUUUUGCAACUGCAUAAGUUGCUUCUGUAACUGCAAUGAAUGAUCUUCUUUGCAUUUAGUUUUUGUGUCUAACAAAAACCCUUUAAAGGGUAGGAUUGCACGUGCAGCUGACUAUUAUACUGCUCUCCUUUUAAUUAAUUGCCCCCACUUUUGAAGGUAGGGCCUGGGAUGGAUCCAGGAUUUAGUGGAAAGAGCGUUAGGAUAAAUGUUCACCAAGAGAGUACCAUCCUAGGGGGGUCGAGGGGCAUGCUCCCCCGGAAAAAUUUUGACAUCCAGGUCCUCAGAAUGGUGAUUUCCUGCAUUUUAAAGGAUAAUAAAACAACCCCUUCUUUAGCUAUUUUAAACAUGAACUACUCUUAAAAAUGUACAGUAAUUGAGACCAAUAAUGAAAAUAAAUCUGAAAUAACGGUAAUAAAUUUGUAUUUACUAUGUGCUCUAAAAAUCACUCUUGAUUUUCUUCAAAAAUGGAAUCAACAGGGCAUUUAAAACCAGGAAAGGACUCUCCUCUGUCAAUCUUUUUUUCUUUUCAUCACAGUUAUUUUUCAAAAGAUAACAUAUAGUAUUUGUUAGCAAUAUAUGUCAACCAAAGGUUUUCAUCAGAAACUGCGCGUGUUUGAACGUUUUCAUUUUGGGUUAGGGGGUUCAAAAGAACCACCCGAACCAUCCCUGGAUCCACCCCAGGACCAGAGGGCUGGCCCAUCUUAAGUAAUUUGAUUAUUGCAGGCUUAUGCAGUGACAAACAUCUUUGCACCUUAUGCAAAGAUUUGUGUGUGUCGUUAUAAACCCUAUGGGCCAAGUAUUUAAACGAAGUCUAACUUUAGCCGCGGUUUAACGAAUCUUUGAACCUCCAGAUCUCAGUCGUUGGUGGGUUAUUUUAAGAAGCUAAAAGUUUUUCUAGUCUUCUCUCUGUGCUUUCAUAAAACUGUUCACCAUAAAUGAUGUUUAGGUAAAAUUGUUGGGCAAAUUGAAAAUGACUUAGAAUGCAGUUUUGUUAAACUCUGGCUAAACUACGUUUAAAUAUUUGGCCCUAUACUUUUAAAUUAAUGUUGUUUGCUUGUAGAAAUCCACCAAAUUUCAGUUGAUAUGGGAUCUCUAAGGUUCAUUUUCAAGUGGUUGAUAUACUCAUGUUUUAUUAAAGUAACCUUUUUAAAUACUUCUUUAUGCACACCAGCUUCUUUGAUGAGCCAGCCAUGCUGACAGACAUGAUCAAAACAUGGAGCAGUACAUCUUUUAUUUUGGUAUCAAUGUCCACUGGUAUGUUGUAUAUAAUGUACAUCAGUCAUCAAACGCAAGAGCACAGUAAUGACAACCAUCUGGGUGUCAGUGAUUGACAUUUAGAUCACCUAAUGUAACAUUUAACAAUUUUUCCACAAGUGCACAUUUGAUAUGAGUUGGCUAUAAUCAUCUCAUAUCCAACAAGUGCGAGUGGACUAAUUGUUUUUUUAAAAACGCCCACAAAAUAUCGAGAAUUCUUCCCAACUUUAUUUGUAAAAACAACCAGUUUUUCAGCUUGUUUUAAUUUUGAGCAGACACGUACAGUUACCAUAUUUGGAGAGCAUGGUAUAAUGGCUCAUAUACCAUGAUGGCUAAGCCAAUCAGAGCUCUAGAAUUACAUUAUCAAAUGAUUCAGUUUUUAAUAAUAACAAUUAUCUUGUGUUCUUGGAUAAGGAUGUAAGACCACCUGCCCCAUCUAUUUUCAAAUAUUUUUGCCUCUUUGUGAAGUGCAUGACAAUUGCUUCAGCAGAUCCACAUCUUGCAACCUUAUUGUACAUAACAAUCUUUUUAUGACCUGCUCUAUAGAUCAAAAAAAUAAUGUUGACAGUGUACUGUCCUUUUACACUCUGCCACACUUAAUGACCAGUUGAACACAUGAUAAAGUAAAGAUAACUAAGCCAAGACAUGAUAAACAUUUGAGGCGCGAUAGACCUUUGUUCCUUCAUGUGAACAAAACCACCAAAUCAAGGCUUACAUGGGGUGAUAAGUUACAGUGACUAUAUCAUAAAGCCAAAAACAUAACAUAUUAUUGAGGAGCAAUAGACUUUUACAGCAUUAAUGUGAACAAAAGCACCACCUCAAGUGUUCAUGGGCUGAUCAAAUACAGUGACUAGUUUCACAUAGUUUAGUUCAUCUAGACCUAAGCCGUGACCUUGUUUCAUUUUGUGUCGUUAAUGGAGUAGAAUGGGCGAAAGUUCUGUUAAGUUGAUUAAAAAAAUGCAUGCCUGAAGAAAUUGAGUUCAUUCAUUUCCUUAUGUUAUAAGCAGCAAACUAUGUCUACAUUUCAUCUAUGAUACUGUAUUGCUGUGCUGUACCACUUGACAAUAAUAACACAGGGGCACCCAACGAGAAUAUAGUUCAAAACCACUUAAACAUAGAAUUGUUAAACGUAUUUUAGUAUUUAAACGGUAUAUAUAGGCAUAUUUUUAUCCCCUAAAAAUUUUUCAUCUGUUCGGAUUUCCUAGCUGAAAGUCUAGUGAUCCGAAAAUUAUAGGGAUCAAAACUUACCUUUUCGGAAAUUUCAGCCAGGAAAAAGGCUCCCGAAAAUUCUAGGUGACCUUUUUAGGGUAAAAAUCCGUUAAAAAUAGGCAAUUAUACCAUUUUUUAGAUGUUCGAAAAUCCUAGGAGAGGCAGGCAAGCAAGAAAUUUUACAACAAAUGUUCCGAAAAUUCUAGUUCUCAAAUCGUCUUCCGAACAGAUAUUUUUCCGAAAGUUGUCGUUGGGUGCCCCUUGUAACAGGACAGUUCAUGGUGUAGCAUGAAGCGAAGGGACCGCGAAUGACCUCGGAUGUUUAAGAAUCAGGCUAUUCAUGGUGAUGAACUUGUAUGGUCUUUAGAAACAGUCUUUUAUUGCCGCAGUAUUUAAUUCCUUUUUUCUCCUUUCAUUUCAGGCUAUUUUCUCCAUGAUUUCUUUGAUAUGCUUGUUUAUGAUGCCAGGGAUUCAAUUGACCUUCUCAUUCACCAUAUUGUGGUCAGUACAGUUAUUAAUAGAAUUCAGUUAUUAUUUUUCAAGUCAUCUUUUGUUGAUUAAAUAACACUGUUUCUUGGCUGUCGGGACCAGAAGGAUUAGUUUCCGCAGGCUCUUAUCUGCCGACCAUAUAACAUGCUUUGUACUAUUUAGAGCAAAGUUGCUUGUGCUUGCAUUUGGUAGCAAGGGUAUGGUGUUAAGGUUAGAGCACUCACCGCCCACCAUUGUCAGAGCUGCACAUAACAAUGGUCAACAAUUGGCCAUCUAAUAAUGCACUUGAGUUUGAACAUUUGGCUUUAUUUCAAUGGUUUAUUAGACUGUAGACCGUACAGGAGUGUUGUCUAUUAGUUAAUUAAACUACUUCCUUUCUUUCUUUCUUUCUUUCUUUCUUUCUUUCUUUCUUUCUUUCUUUCUUUCUUUCUUUCUUUCUUUCUUUCUUUCUUUCUUUCUUUCUUUCUGUCUUUCCUUCUUUGUUUCUAAUUUUUUCUUCUUUUUCCUAUCACUAUUGAGUUAUCAAAGAGAGCGCCUCUGCUAGCAAGGGUCAUAAUUAUACUGCAGGCAGCGGUGAAACUGUUCACAACACCCAAUGUCUGGAGAUAAGGGAUCCUUAAUAGCAGCGAACGGCAGCGAAAACAUCGCUUAAAAAAAGGAUUCAAGUUCUAUCAAUCUUCGUUGCGAUUAUUUCAAAUCACUUACCUUGUGUGAAAGGUCUGAACCCAGGAGUCAUUUCAUAAGUAGGUUGAGUACGAUCGUCUGGAUGAACGCAGUCCUGAAUAGGACUGUUGUUGUUGACAGUAACUGACGUUUCGACAACCUGUGCGGUGGUCAUCUUCAGAGUCAAAGUGAGUUGUAUCACAUCAGUUGAUGGUAUUAAACUCUGAUUAUUGACCUGAUUGGUCAAUUAACUCGCGAUGUUAUUGGCCGUCUCAGUAAAGCCGUGAUGUAAUGUCAUUGGUGCGUUUCUGUCCGUCUGUUGUCACUGUUUAACAGUCGUUUAUUGUUAGUCAAAUUGUCUGUUGUUCAGUCGUUCUCUCGUUGUUAGUUUUGCUUAAUUCCGUCAAUAGGGACCUUACGAUCAGACAACGGCGACGCCAAUAAAAACGUCGCUGAAAAAUAGACUUCGCGUCCUUUGAAACUUUUUUGCCCUUAUACCAAGUCACUUGAAAGUAGGAGAGUUGGGUUGGAACUGAAGAGAGGGGAUCGCGUCCGAGUUCAGAGAGAGAGAGUAAAAUUUAUCGCCUCGCUGAUCCCGUGCUCACGUCAACUCAAAAUUCACGUUGUAGUUGUGCCUUGUGUUCAAGGCAUGUGGACAGAAGCCAUAGGCCUUCAAUUUUGCGAGCAAAAGGCGGUGGUUUAUGGCGUCAAACGCGAGGGCUUUUCUCAAGUCCACAGCGACCGCAGCUACAGCUUCCCUGUUAUCAAUACUGUUCGUCCAAUCUUUGGUCACUUUUAGCUAUGCAGAGCAACAAGAAUGGGUUUUCAUAAAUCCAGAUAAGUUUGAGCACAAAACGGUAUGAAGUGCAUUCCAAGUUUGGUCGUAAAUAACUUUCUCAAACACCUUCGAUAGCGAAGUUAACAUUGAGACAGGGCGGUAGUUUGCUUUGUCUGUGUCAAUGCCCCGUUUAAAGACAAGAGUGAGGCGCGCUUACUUCCAUUCAGGCGGCAAUGAGCGAUUCAGAAUACAGAAGUUGAUCAACUUAGUCACCUCUUCGGCAAGAACUGGGGAUCCCAAACGCAAGAUUCGUGGUGAAAUGCCGUCUACCCCAACUGCCUUUCUCGGAUUAAGGUGGAUAUGAGACGUACUGACUGGGGAAUAGUCAAACUCGCUUGAGAAACGUCGAUACCUUAUUGCGUUAAUACUAGGAUGGUCAGUGUAGUCAGUCUCAAAUCUAUGCUCUAACUGAACCAUAUUGGCAAAGUAAUCACUAAAGACUUCGGCUACACACCCAGGUUCGGAAAAAAAACACUACUGCCGUCAACGAGGAUGACGCCUUGUACGUCCUUACCAGAACUAGUUAGCAAAAGGGGCUUCAUUUUUCCCCAAAAUUCGCCCGAAUGUUUAGCACUUAAGGAAGCGUCACAGCAGAACGUUUUCAAAGCGUUGCGCUUUAGCGAUGUAAUUUAACUUCAAAUUAGGAAGUUUCACGUCGUAGUCCAGCGUGCAGGGAUGGCAAGGAAAGGUACCAAAAAGCGUGUUUGUUUUGCUGAUUACACUUAUUGGCUUUUACGUUCUCGUUGCAGUCGCCGUUGUCGUUGCUAACCCCCCUAAUAUUAUUUAGGCACCCUUCUCCUGUUGACGUUUUUCUUAACAGUGGCAUAGAACUUCCGUAACAUGUGAUUACUUUUUUAGGUAUGUAGUGCCUUUUGUAUUGCAAUCUUCUGCAAGAUGUACUUGGGAUUUGCAGUAUGUGCUUUAUUGAUGGAAGUGAGCAGCGUCUUCCUGCAUUUCAGAAGAUUAAUGUGCCUUCGCGGAGUGAGCAAGAACAGUCUGUUAUACCAAGUUAAUGGCAUAUUGCUGUUAAUAACUUUUAUCAACUUUAGAUUUCUCACUUCUGCUUGGAUGACAAAUUUUUGUAUCAAACGCCACAAUACAUUGCCGUUUUCCCAUUUUUUAUUUUCUGUGGUUGGCAUGGCAGUUAUGACAGCACUCAACGUAAAACUUUUUGUGGCACUAUGGCAAGCGGAUUUUAAGUCAGGCCAGACUAAGAAAGUGGAUGAUUAG